AUGCAGUUGCAAUAUUUGCAGGGUUUAGCAGGAUUUUUCACGUUUGCGUUUGCACUAAUAAGGACAGAGGUUUUGUCAGAAGUGGGUGUUUGGCUGGCUAAAUUGAGGGAGAUCAGAGCUAAGUUCAAGGAAUUACAUAUUUUGAUGGAAGCUGGAGGAACCGCGACAGAAAAAGUAUUUAGAGAACCAACUAUGGCUGAAUCAACUGCAUCAUUCAAACCAUACAAAUUCAUAAUACUUAUAAUCGAGCUAGAGAGGGCUAUAGGUUUUCCUGUGAUUGAUUUAAAAUUAGAAGACCGUCAAAUCCACAUGAAGUAG